AAACAAGAGCUUAAAUAACGAAAUCACGACAGAAUAUCCAUAGCACAAAAUGAUCGUAUGACAUUAAAGAAACAGAGGCGUGGGGGUCGCUGCAGCAGAGGGAGGAUGUAGUUUACUGAUCGUUUAAUUCUCUUCAAGCGUGUUUAUACUGGAGCCUGUGUGCGCGCCCCCGCUCGUGCUCGCGCCCGUAUUAUUGUCAUCUCGGUUUGUUUGAUUUCUAACGGAUUCGGUCCGGUCCAGGUUCUGUUCUCACGGUAAGAAACACUGAAUUGAAUGCGAUCGCGUCCGCCGGAUGUGGAAGUUGAUGAGUUUGUGGGUAUUAAUAUUUCCUCUUCCUCCGGAACACGAGCGAUUUCCUGUUUAUUGCUUUUAACGGGCUGCGCUUCACAGCAGCGAGGAGGAUGAGGAGGAGGAGGAUGUUUGAGGCCUGAGAUGAAGCGCUUCUUCUCGUAUAAACAUAUGUCUCUGGUGGAUUUGGGGAAGAAGCUCCUGGAAGCUGCUCGGGCCGGUCAGGACGAUGAGGUCCGGAUUCUGAUGGCGAAUGGAGCUCCGUUUACCACUGACUGGCUGGGCACGUCUCCGCUGCAUCUGUCGGCUCAGUUCGGUCAUUACUCCACCACAGAGGUGCUUCUGCGCGCCGGCGUGAGUCGAGACGCUCGCACUAAGGUGGACCGGACUCCGCUGCACAUGGCUGCGUCUGAGGGUCACACACGGAUCGUGGAGCUGCUGCUGAAGCACGGCGCUGAUGUGAACGCCAAGGACAUGCUGAAGAUGAGCGCGCUGCACUGGGCCACGGAGCACAGCCACAGAGACGUGGUGGAGCUGCUUCUGCGCUUCGGAGCCGACGUCCACGCGCAGAGCAAGUUCUGCAAAAACGCUCUGGACAUCGCGCUGGACAACAGCUGCCACGAGCUGGCCGAGAUCCUGCAGGUGGCGAUGCAGAACCAGAUCAACACAAACCCUGAGAGUCCAGACACACUGACCAUCCACACGGCCACGCCGCAGUUCAUCAUCGGCCCGGGAGGAGUGGUCAACCUCGCCGGACUCGUGUCGCCCGCCAACAGCAGCAAAUCCACAGUGGUGUCCGCUGAGGAGCUGAUCACCGCUGACUCCGUCGACGGCGCCAUACAGCAGGUCGUGAGCUCUGGGGGUCAGCAGGUCAUCACCAUAGUAACAGACGGCAUUCAGCUGGGCAACCUGCAGACGGGCACAGGACUCAGCCAGCCCAUAAUAGUCACCAUGCCUGACGGACAGCAGGUGCUGACGGUGUCGGACACAGAGGUGGCGGAGGAGACGGUGGUGAGUGAGGAGCCGUGUGUGAAGCGUCCGCGUGUGAAGGAGGAAGACGACGCUCAGAUCCAGCAGACGCUCUCGCUCGAGGACUUCCAGGAGAAAGUGUCUCUUCUGAAGCAGCUGGAGCAGGCGAACCGCGAGGCGCAGAAAUACAGACAGCAGUUCCUGAAGAAGGAGCAGGAGGCCGAGGCUUACAGACAGAAGCUGGAGGCCAUCACACGGCAGAGCGCCAAGAAAGCUGCGUGAAACACACCGUCAGCUUCUGAGACUGAUCCUUAGCCUGCACUUCCUUCAGUUCUCCUCUGUGGUGCUCGUCUGGCCCACACGGGUUCGAUUCUGACCCACAUCCCAGCGCCCUUCACCAGCCUCUGAAUAAAGAGACAAAAGCCCUUCAAAACCUGAGCGAGGACGAUCAAUUGUGUAGAAAUGACAGAUUCAUAAAGAACAGUACAAAAUCUAAAGUUGAGAAAACUUCAACGUUUGAGACAAACCGCUUCAGAAGAGUGUUGUGUUUCUUCUACAGAGAGGUGAGAACACAGAUAUUUAGAGUGUGGUUGAUCUGCAGGCCAUGAGUCCUUCAUCACCAGACUCUGAGACCGGUCUUCCUCACUGAUAAUCAGCAUGUGUUCACUGUUUGUGAUGCAUCUUCUGUCAUGAAGACCGCAGUGAUUUGGUUUCUGUGAGGAGGAUCUGAGCGUCUCUUCAGCUGAUUCCCAUCUAAAGCUGAAUAAAUGCACAGUAAAGGAGUGUGAGAGUCGAUUCCAGCAUCUCCGCUGUUAACCCAGGUUUAUUUCUAUAGCUCUGUUCAUGAUACUAAUCAUUGCUAAGCAGCUUCACAGAUAAUGUAAGUCUCUGUUUAUAGUGUCUGCAUCAGAUCUAGAGAGAGUUUAUCAGUGGUGAGUAUCUCAGGUUGUGUCCAUAUGGCAGAAAUAAACAGUCAAAUCAAGCAGUUGAUGAUGUGUACUCAAGCAGACGGUGAACACUAUUAACAGCAAUGAUUAUAUGUUAUUAUCUUGAACUUACUGCAGAAGUUGUUGGUUUAGUCUGUUUUCUGAGGGUUGGUAUCACCUGAGGUGUAUUCUGAGCUCUUCUAACACAUGUUUCAGGUGUGAUGAGUCGAAGCGUGUCGGUGUGUGAGAUCUGAAGAGACUCAAACACACGGAUCUGCUCGUGAUGAGGGAACUGAACUACAGCAGUGAGGUUUCAUUCAGCUGAUCUUUUACAGCGCUUCAGUUAAAAAGCUCUUGAUUUGUACAUAACUGAUGCUUUCUAUCACCUUUACUUCCUGAAUAUAUGGACAUUUUAAUUACUUUAAAGUUUUUGUAUUGGGUUGUAAUCUUCUAAAGUAUUGUACGGUUACUUUAUUGCAUUAAAUAGAUUACAUAUUUGUGACCAUGGAGCACUAAA